UUUUCCAUCUCUUGUGAAUGUAUUUCUGUGUGACGGCAACCUGGUAACAGCGCUUUUAAUGUUUACAUCGGGAUUUGGCAUUAUCAAGGAGUACCAAAAUGGAAAUUUUACUGGCAAAUGUUAACAAUAUUGAUUUUAAAAUCGAAAAGGAUUUGGUGGAGCAGAUUGGCGCUAUUGCUUUGCCAUUUUUUGGAAUGGACAAAUCAAUGGCCGCCGUUUGCCAGUUUGUCAAUUCUCAAAAUGGUCUUGAAUGUGAAAAGGGUUCAUCCUGCCCGUUUCGUCAUAUUAGAGGAGAUAGAACUAUAGUAUGCAAACAUUGGCUACGAGGGCUAUGCAAAAAAGGUGAUCAGUGUGAGUUCCUUCACGAAUAUGACAUGAAAAAAAUGCCGGAAUGCUACUUUUAUUCGCGCUUUAAUGCUUGCCAUAAUAAGGAAUGUCCUUUCCUGCAUAUUGAUCCCGAAAGUAAAGUAAAAGAUUGUCCUUGGUAUGACCGAGGAUUCUGUAGGCAUGGUCCACAUUGUAGACAUCGACACGUACGUCGCGUGCUUUGUAGCAACUAUUUAGCCGGAUUUUGUCCAAAUGGUUGGGAUUGCAAAUUUAUGCAUCCCCGAUUCGAACUGCCUCCCAUUUCUGACAUGACUAAAGAGUUGUUGCUAAAAAAAGUACCUACAUGUCAUUUUUGUGGCGAAUUGGGACACAAAGCGUCAGCAUGUAAAAAGAAUCCCGAUGCUAACGACACUAAUGAAAUUCGCUUUAAAUAUGGCGGCUUUCAAAAACCGCAUCAGAACUAUAAUUUUAAGGAUAACUCUGAGGUUAAAACCGGUGUAGAUCACGUGUCAUCAAGCAGUAACUUUGUCAAGGUGCCAAAACCGUUGGAUGAAAUAACCUGCUAUAAAUGUGGAAAUAAGGGGCACUACGCAAACAAGUGCCCUAAAGGUCAUCUAGCAUUUUUAUCAAAUCAAAGAAGUCAUAAAUAAACAAAACACUAAUUUUCUGAACACCACAGACAGUGUACUAUGUACUAAUUAAAAACUACUAGUAGAUAUCUUAUAUACUAACAAUGAUUUGAAAAUAUAUAGAAACUCAUAUGAAAUUAUUUUACAACGCCCAAGCCGUGCAAAGUUUUCCCAUAUAAAAUACAUGUAAACUUUGAGUUUUUUUCUUAAAAAGUACAGCUCGGAGGCAUUUUAUAGUAUAAUCUUGGUCAAUGAUGAGUUUUCUUCAGAAUUGAAUGCUCUACAAAACUGUCUUUUAAUAUUAAGGGUUCAAACUCAGGGAGCUUUUUUUAGGUGUUUUCCACAAAAUUUUGACGUAGGAGUGAAAAAAAA